AUGAAUACCACAGAGGAUCGCAGCAAACGUGGACUGCCCGAGGUGCAUUUGACACAAUCUAGAGAAAAUGGAGAUCUAGGACCUCCACAAUCAGGAUAUGUAUCAAAAGUAGCAGCAAAGCCUGUCCCAGUUGCUAAGUCUUGGGCACAUUUUGUUGCCGGAGGUGUGGGGGGAAUGACAGCUGCAGCUCUCACAGCGCCUCUCGACGUCCUAAAAACACGCUUGCAAUCCGAUUUCUACCAAGCACAGCUGGCGCAGAGCCGUCUGGCCAAGGGGAUUUCUCCACAUGCACACCUCUCGCCACUACGUAGCGGACUUUUACAUUUCCGUGAAACUUUUCAGAUCCUCGGGUCAGUACAUAGACUCGAAGGAUAUCGUGCGCUCUUCAAAGGAUUGGGGCCAAAUCUUGUAGGCGUGGUUCCUGCGAGGUCGAUAAACUUUUUCGUCGUAGGCAAUGGAAAGCGAAUAUUGGCGGGGUAUAAUGGUGGGGUGGAGUCAGCUUGGGUCGUUUGUCUUGCGGCUGCCGCUGCUGGAAUUACGACGAGUACGGUUACAAACCCUAUUUGGUUAAUCAAAACUCGAUUGCAACUGGAUAAGAAUGUGGCCGAGAGAGCAGGAGAUGUUGGCAAGAGACAAUACAAGAACAGUUGGGAUUGUAUCAAGCAGGUUGUUAAGGGAGAGGGAAUACGGGGUUUAUAUAAGGGAAUGAGUGCGAGUUAUUUGGGUGUUACGGAAAGUACAUUGCAGUGGGUCUUGUAUGAACAGAUGAAGAAAAGCUUGGAGAAAAGAGAGGAGAGGAUAACCUUGAGUGGGAAACCCAGGAAUUUCUUGGAUCACUCAAUACAGUGGACUGGAAGCCUCGGAGCAGCAGGAUUUGCAAAGCUUGUGGCUGCACUUGCGACUUAUCCUCAUGAGGUUCUACGUACACGCCUAAGACAAGCACCUUUAGAUCAUGGACGACCCAAAUAUACCGGACUCGUUCAAUGCUUUAACCUCGUUUGGAAAGAGGAGGGAGUGGCUGCUUUAUAUGGAGGCUUAACACCGCAUCUAUUACGAACAGUGCCUAGUGCUGCUAUCAUGUUUGGCAUGUAUGAGGGAAUACUGAAAUUACUGGAAAAGCCAGCUUCACCUUGA